CCGCCGCCGAAGCCCCCGCCUCGGCGCAGCUACCAGGGGCGGCGGCGGUGCUUCCGACCACCCGGGGAGAUGCCGGAGCGCCCCUAAACCCGGGGCCGCCCCCCAUCAGCGCCGGGCUGGCCCCGCCUCUGUUUGCGCGUCAUCCCGCCUCCCCGCUGGAUUGGCCGCCGCCGCUGCCCUCGGCCUUUCCAGUAUGGCGGCGCCCGGCACGGCGGUGAGCUGUGAGGACUUCGCCGAGUUUCAGGAGUUUCUCAGAGUGAUGAGGACGAUUGAUGACAGAAUUGUCCAUGAAUUAAACACUACGAUCCCAACAGCUUCCUUUGUGGGGAAAAUUGAUGCUGGCCAGACGUGUAAAGAGCUGUACCAAUCUCUGAUGGAUGCUCACACCAGCAGAGAGAGAAUCAUCAAAAACUGCAUUGCUCAGACGUCCAGUAUAGUGGAAACUCUCAGAGAAGAAAGGGAAAAAGCUCAGGAUGAUGCAGCAUUAUUAAAGCAACUCAGGAAAGAGCAGACAAAGUUGAAAUUGAUGCAGUCGGAGCUAAAUGUUGAAGAAGUGGUAAACGACAGAAGCUGGAAGGUAUUUAAUGAGCGUUGCCGAAUUCACUACAAGCCUCCGAAGAGUCAUGAUGUGGGGUAUUUCCAUCAAGGUGGUCCAUAACCAUGAGAGCCAAACUGGAAAGAGACCUUUGGGUGAGCUGUAUUGGACCCUCCAGAACCAGUAGAACCCAGUCUUGUUUUGUUUUGGACCUACUAGGCUGAAAUCUCAAGGUUUGAAAUGAUUCUCCUGUAAUUAAGAGAAAAACAACUCAUCUUUUGUACAAAAUAUGUGAACAAAUGAGUUUUAUAGUAUUAAAAACAAUUUUCAAAUGGAA